AUGCCCGAAGUCGUUCGAGGCAUUCGUACCAGUGCCCAGGUCGAGCGCAAUGGUAGCGUGGUUCCCGCCAGCCCGGUGCGAGAAACACGAACUGUUCACUUCGGUCCAGAAGGGCCGUUUGCCGACGACGAAGCAGCCGCGCCUCCCAGCCCCGGGGUCGAUAGAGCCGACACUCGGGUGAGCAUUUCAUCUGCGCGAAGAAAGAGUUCGGAAAGGAGGAAAGAACACCACAAACACAGCGGGGAUGAGCCGGAUAGAGGGGCAUAUUACGACAGUCGUGCGGCGACCAAAAAAGAGUUUAGAAGACGAGCCAGCACGCUGCAGGAAUACUAUAGCGAACAUCCCGACCUUCUCCCGCAGUUACCCUUCACCUGGCGAUAUGGUUGGCGACGAUGGAAGCUGUUCCUCACAAUCUUUAUAAUGGUGGUGGAUGCAUGUGUGGUCCCGCUUGUUUUAUAUUAUACCAUGACUUUUGCAGGCCAUGUACAGGGCUGGAUAGUAUUUGCCGUUGUGGCCACCAUCUGGGGCGGCCCGACGUACGUCGAAUUCGCCGUCCGCUGCUGGCGACUGACCAAACAAGAAAACUUCUUCCGCCCGCUGGGCACGUCGAAUCGAUGGGCAUUCGAUAUCACGCAUUGGAUCUUCGUCUUGACCAUCGCAGCGGUCACCACCUUUUUGAUCGUCGGUAGCGCGCCGCACAUUGUAUGGCUCCGAGUUCUCUCUUUACCCGCUCCCGCGCUCCUGUAUUGCCUGGGCGGAAGCAUCUUCAUCCUCACCAUGUGGAGUUUGUCCGGACGCAAAGCGCCUUUCCGGAUAAGCUCGACGCCCAAAGGAGGCGAAGUCUACCCGGGAGUCUACUACCUGAUUGAAGACGUCGUGGCCGUCAACGCAAGUGCUGGCAGGCCAUACCGCGAAGCCCUGGCCGCCCGAUAUAAGGCCAGUCCACGGUUCCGGAGGAUGAUCAAGCAGCAGUCCUUAUUCUGGUCUGUGCCGGCGCUCGUCAUCGCAAUUGCUUGCACGGUCGUGAUCAUCAUCCAUCCGGUGCCGAAAGCAGUGGCAUACGGAAUCGGAUGGGGCGUCCCGUUUGCCUGGGCGUGCAUCUGGACCGCCAUCUCUGUCCCCUGGGUUCGCCGAGCCAUGCACAAAGAGACGGUGACGUGGGAAGAAGACUACGGUGUCGAACCUGGGGAGAAGAAAGCCCACAAAAAGCUCGAACAAACCGACUCGGAGCGCGAUACACCGCCCAAAGAACCCGAACCGUGA